AUGAGUAAAACGAAAGUACAAGAAGAAGCAAGAAAAACUAAUAGUUUCAAUCUCCAAGAAUUCGAACGAGUUCUCUUCCAUUCUUCAAUUUACCAAUAUGAUCUGCCGAUUGAUAGAUCUGAAAAAGAAUUAAAAUCAUUCAACGUUUGGCUUCGACGAUGUUUCAUCAUCCUUUUUGCUCUAUUUAUUCUCAUCACAAUUCACUUAUAG